AUGGACCUCAAUGAGCAGCAGGCGUCUGAGGAAGAAGAUUAUGAUAAUGAUGAAAAUGUAACUGUUCAGAGGGAGGCAUGCCUGCUCAGUGGAGAGCAGUGUUUGGCCGUACAUGUGCUAUAUACCUUCCCCAACUCCAUCCCACAAAACGGGAAAAGUCCCAGUUAUCUGCAUGGGACGAGGCUGGCUAUAAAACCCCGGGGCAGGGGACCUCCGUCCCGCUCAGGCAGCCUGCCACCACGUCUCUGCCGAGAGCAGCCCCGGGAGAUCCCCCCUUCAUCUCUGCCGGGCAGGCGGCUGCUUCGCCGACGGAGGAGGAUGGAUGCGAGGUUCGCCCGGAUGCUCUGCGUGCUCUGCCUGGUCGUGACGGUCCGAGCGUUUACCCAGGAAGGGUUCAAGGAGGUGUUGCUGAAGCAGCUGGGGCUCUCCGAGGUCCCUAAGCUUCAUAAGAGAGACUUGGUGGAUCUGGUUAUCCCAGACCACGUAAAGAACAAAUACAUCUCCAUGUUGAAGCGCCACAGGGUGAAGCGCCGAGCUUUGCCAAGCCUGGCCGGCAUCCUCAGGGGGAUCCCUGGCAACGCAGGCAUGGCAGGAGAAGUCCUCUGUUCUGACACCACCACGCGCCAGAACCUCAUCUUUGACAUGGAGGGCAGAAUACCUAAAAACAGUGAAGUGACAAUGGCUGAACUGAAACUCUUCAAAAAGCCUCUGGACAGAGCAAACCUACCUGCCAAGCAGUCUCACAGGCCCGUCUCCAACGCCAGAGUCAGCGUGUACUGGGUGCAACGGCAGCACGAUGGUACCAACAGGACCUCCCUGAUAGACUCCAGGCUGGUUCCCAUACGUGAGUCGGGCUGGAAGAACUUUGACGUGACACAGGCCGUGCAUUACUGGCUGCGAAACAAGAGGCGGGAGCCAAUGUUCCUGGAGGUCUGGAUUGAAGGAGAAAGGGUAGGCAGCCAUGCCUCAGAAGUGGCCAAAGCUGUGCGUUUCACCUCUCAGGACCCCAAGGAUAAAGCCCUAGGCAAACCUGAACUGGUGCUUUACACCCUCGACUUGGAAGACUAUGGGGGCCCCGGGGAUUGCAAGGAGGAGGCGGUGACGGGGAAAUCCACCUGCUGCCGGCAGAAACACUACGUCAACUUCCGCGAGCUCGCCUGGACGCAGUACUGGAUCAUCGAGCCGGCAGGGUCCCAGGCUUACCGGGCGGAGAGCUCCCCGCUCCCCAUGAUGUACCUCAUCAAGAGGGGCAACCGCACCGAGAUCGAAGCAGCCGAGUUUCCCAACAUGAUCGUUGAGAAAUGCAGCUGCGUUACGGACGGCAUGGCGCUGGUGUGA